UCUGCUCUUUGACCUUCCGCCCCACCCCCUCGCUCCUCCGCAGCCACCGGGAGGCUCUUCCGGUGUUGUGGAGGCUGUUCCGGUUCGCGGCGGUUCCCGGGUUUUGCGUUCCGCGCCCGGCCGGAAACCCCUUCGCAUAGCAGCCGGUUCCGGUUCGGACUUUGUAUCUUGCUAAAGUCAGUGAUGUGAAAAGAUCUGACAUGGAUGAUAUUGCUGAUAGGAUGAGGAUGGAUGCUGGAGAAGUAACUUUAGUGAACCACAACUCCAUAUUCAAAACCCAUCUCCUGGCCCAAACAGGUUUUCCAGAGGACCAGCUUUCAUUUUCUGACCAUCAGAUUUUACCUUCCAGAGAAGGAAAUUUGGACCGAUCUUAUACAUGUUCUACAAGAAGUACGGCUUAUAAUCCAAAUUAUUAUUCAGGAUUCUUUGUCAGCAAGAUGAGAUCUCCUCCCCUAAAAAGACACAACCCUUCCUCAGACAAUUUUCUUGGCUCAGGAGACUUAAGAACCUUUGGCCAGAGUGCAAAUGGCCAGUGGAGAAAUUCCACUCCAGCAUCAGGUUCAACUUCACAAAAAUCAAGAAACAGCCGAAGUCUUUACCUCGAAACCCGAAAGACCUCAAGUGGAUUAUCGAACACUUUUACGGGAAAGUCAAACCAUCACUGCCAUGUGUCUGCAUAUGAAAAAUCUUUUCCUAUUAAGUCUGUUCCAAGUCCAUCUUGGAGUGGUUCAUGUCGUCGAAACCUUUUGAGCCCCAAGAAAAUGCAGAGGCGACAUGUUAGUACAGCAGAAGAGACAGUCCAAGAAGAAGAAAGAGAGAUUUACAGACAGCUGCUACAGAUGGUCACAGGGAAACAGUUUUCUGUAGCAAAACCCACUUCACACUUUCCUUUACACCUGUCUCGAUGUCUUAGUUCCAAUAAGAAUACUUUGAAAGACUCACUGUUUAAAAAUGGAAACUCUUGUGCAGCUCAGAUCAUUGGCUCUGAUACUUCAUCAUCUGGAUCUGCCAGCAUUUUAACUGCCCAGGAACAGCUGUCCCACAGUGUGUAUUCCUUAUCAUCUUGUGCCCCAGAUGUUGUGGCAUUUGGAUCCAAAGAUUCUGAUCCUGUCCAUCAACCCCAACAUCACCACUCUCUUCUACAUCAGCCAGAUCACUUACCAGCUUCAAAUACACAAUCAGAAGGAUCAGACUCUGUGAUCUUACUCAAAGUGAAAGAUUCCCAGACUCCAGUUCCCAGUCCUACUUUUUUUCAGGCAGAGCUGUGGAUCAAAGAAUUAACUAGUGUUUAUGAUUCUCGAGCACGGGAGAGAUUGCGCCAGAUUGAAGAGCAGAAAGCACUAGCAUUACAGCUUCAAAACCAGAGAUUGCAGGAACAGGAACAUUCAGUACAUGAUUCGGUAGAACUGCAUCUUCGUGUACCACUUGAAAAGGAGAUCCCUGUCACGAUCACCCAAGAAACAGAAAAGAAAGGUCAUAAAUUAAUUGAGAGUGAAGAUGAAUUUCCUGAAAUCACAGAGGAAAUGGAGAAGGAAAUAAAGAAUGUAUUUCGUAAUGGGAACCAGGAUGAAGUUCUGAGUGAAGCAUUCCGCUUAACCAUUACACGCAAAGAUAUUCAAACUCUAAACCAUCUGAACUGGCUCAAUGAUGAGAUAAUCAAUUUCUACAUGAAUAUGUUGAUGGAGCGAAGUAAAGAAAAGGGAUUGCCAAGUGUGCAUGCAUUUAAUACCUUUUUUUUCACUAAGUUAAAAACGGCUGGUUAUCAGGCAGUGAAACGUUGGACAAAGAAAGUGGAUGUAUUUUCUGUUGAUAUUCUUUUGGUGCCCAUUCACCUAGGAGUGCACUGGUGUCUUGCUGUUGUGGACUUUCGGAAGAAGAACAUUACUUAUUAUGAUUCUAUGGGUGGAAUAAACAAUGAAGCCUGCAGGAUCCUCCUGCAAUACCUGAAGCAAGAAAGCAUUGACAAGAAAAGGAAAGAGUUUGACACCAAUGGCUGGCAGCUCCUCAGCAAGAAAAGCCAGGAAAUUCCACAGCAGAUGAAUGGAAGUGACUGUGGCAUGUUUGCUUGCAAAUAUGCUGACUGCAUUACCAAAGACAGACCGAUCAACUUCACACAGCAACACAUGCCAUACUUCCGGAAGCGGAUGGUCUGGGAGAUUCUCCACCGAAAGCUUUUGUGAAGACUGUCUCAGUUAGCCGACAUUGACCUUGUGGGGGACCAGCUCUUUGUUGUCUACAGCCAGAGACCUUGGAAACAGCUGCUCCCACCCCUGUGUUCUUGUAAAGCCCUUGAUCCCGGACCUGGCCCUGGCGAGAUGCAUUCACAAGCACAUCUGCCUUUCCUUUUGUAUCUCAGAUACUAUUUUUGCAAAGAAACUUUGGUGCUGUGAAAGGGGUGAGGGACAUCCCUAAGCUGAAGAGAGAGACUGCUUUUCACUUCUUCAGUUCUGCCAUCUUUUUUUCAAAGGGCUCCAGCCUCACUCAGUCCCUAAUUUGGGGGCUGAGAGAAGCUUGGACAGAUUCUUGGUUUCAUAUAAACUCUUGUUGUUAGGCCUUACUAAGAGGUAGGAAAGGGCUUGGGCAAAAAGGUAGGGAUGAAAACCACCAGCAUAUACACGCACACAUACAUACAUGCAGGAUUUUCAAGAUGUAUUGUCAGGAAAGUGACUGUAAUCUGAACUUUGGGUCCCAUGCAAAAGUCCCUCCUCCAGGACUUCCCUAUUUAUAUGCCUCCUUGUGAGAUCCAUCUGCUUCUAUACAAGGCUGUUUUAUCAUCUGUAGCUUCCUCCCAUUGUGAGGCACAACACAUGAGCCCUGGGGGGACCCCAAAGUCCCAGGCAGUCCUUUUCCUUAAAGCAGGGGUUUGCAUGUGCUCAGAACACAUGAUACGGAGAAGACCCACCCAGGGAGCAGUUCAGUGGGGCAACCAAGGCACCACUUCUACUGCCACCUACUUCUGACCAAGAAGAAGGACCUCAGUUUUUAGCAUAAAAUUCCAGCAUUGAAUGAAUGCAGGUCUAGUGUGGUCUGUGGCUAGUUAGUUUAAAUAUGUUUCUAACCACAGAGAAUUUUAUAUAUAUAUAUAUAUACAUAUAUAUAUAUAUAUACACACACACAUAUAUAUAUAUAUUUCACAGGGAUAUGUGUUUUUUUUAAAAGGCUGAAUGUGUUCACCACUUUAGCCUCUAGGUUUAUUUCCAUUUUCCAAAUUUAGCUCUAGCACGCACAGAUCCCAGCCCCUAUGUGUAGGGUGUUUGUGGACUUCCUAACAAUAUUUUGAGGCCUGGAUGAACUUUGGCUUAGGGGUAGAGGUUACCAAGGGAGGCAAGAUUUUCAACUGGAAAACGGGUGGAAUUUGGACUGAUCAACUUGAGACUAAAAAACUGCUAUUCCUUUUGUUCUUUCUAGCAUCUCCCCCACCCUCUGAGCGUUCCUCAGGCUAGAUGGUGAAACGAUCCAAUGCCAGUGUCAUUUUGUACUUAAGUUCCAAAAUAGGAACGUUUUAUACUUUUUUCUGUAUUGUAAUAGGUAGUUUUGUAUGAAAUAUUUUCUCUUCUUCCCUUGUACCCCAUCCUUUCCAACAUUGUGCUUUCUCUCUGGGCUUAUUUGAAAAUUUUACUCUGUUUUAUACCAAGCUUGUUUAGUACAUUUUUCUAUGUUUUACCACAGGUUACAAUUUGAAAAGAAAACUAUUUUUUUUAAAUAUUCCAUUGUUAACUGAAUGUUACUGUUUCCACUCCAACAACCAGAUGUCCUACCUUUUUCAUAACUGCCUGACUUUUUGGGGAAGGCCACCGUUCAUUUGUUCUUUCUUCUUUUCUUUUUUCUUUUCUUUUUUUCUUCCUUUCUCUCUUUCUUUCUUUCAUGCUUUUCUAUAGGAAAUAAAUAGCUUUCUAUUUAUGAGUUGCUGAGCCCUUUAACAUUCUCUUUUAGAAAGCUGCAAUGUGCAGGCUCAUUGUAGGAUUCCUGCACAUGGAUUCUUGGUACUUAAUGUAUUUCAGUGACAACUUGAAAGGUGGCAGUAUGGCAUAGAUUUGGACUAUGAAUCAAAAGACCUGAGUUUUUCAGGUGCUUUUGCUAUUAUCUGGGGCGGACUCAGAACAAGAUAGUUGUCUGUAUUUAUUGUUUGUCCAUUUAGAUAACAACAUCUGUCUUAACCUUCCUCAUAGAUCUUUUGUACAGACCAAAGCAGCAAAUAUUUAUUGCCAUGUAUAACAGAAAAUGAAACAUGCAACAAAAGCACUUUGAAAAAUAUAUAAGGAAUUGUUGA